AGAAAGGGAACGAGAAGGAGCAGAGGUGGAGGGGCAAUCAGUAUCUGAGCCCCCACUAUUUGGCAGUGGAGUGAAGACUCCUGAAAUGGCGCCGUGUCCUGCCCAAGUUUCAACCUCAGCCACAUCCCCAGCCACACUUCCAGCUCCAUCUCUAGCCCCAGUCUCUGCUUCUGAGGAUGCCCAGAAAGGAGAGGUCUCUGUGGGCGGCCUGGUCCAGCCAGCUGGCUUGAAGGACCCACAACCAGCACAGGCGAAGAAAGAUGAGAAGGAGGAAAGUUCAGCAGAGUUGAAAAAUAACCACCUACCAGAUUGUACUGUUUCCCUGCCUCUUGAGCUAACUGGACAUGGGGAGAAGGAGGAGAGAGAGAAGGGUGAUGAUGUGGAGGAGAAGGAGAAGGAGAAGGAGGAAGGUAGGAUGAGUACGAGUGAAGCCUCUGUGGGGAUACCAAGCAGCCCACGGCCCUCUCCAGCCCCAACCCCAACCUCCACCCUCACCCUCAGUGAUGAUCCCUGCAUCUGGAGUCUGGAGCUUCUCAUCGCUGCGGCGCUGUGUGCCACCCGGGAUGACCGCUACCCCGCUAUGCUCCCCUCCACCACACCACUGCCUGCCCCACGCCCUCUCCCACACCGAGGCAUGGAGAUACUGGGAGAGUUGGCUGAUCUGGGGAUACUGCAGAGGAACAGGGAGAAGGAGAGAGAGACAGGAGGAGAGGACGUUUUGACCUUUGACCUUAGUAGCCUGGCGACCCUGGCUGCGGCUCGCAGUCUGGAGCUUGGGGGAGGAGCUCCAGGGAGGGGGGAGGGGAAGCACUGUCCCGUCAGGAGGACCUUCAACCUGCGGCGGAAAUGCAGCUGGACGCCUCGCCACGAGCCGAUGUGUCCGGUGAAGGGUGUCAUGGAGACGGUGGAUGGAGCCGAGCUAGCAAUACGAGUCCAGCUAGCGGAGAUCCAGAGACGUUACAAAGAGAAACAGAGAGAACUGACAAAGCUGCAGAGAAAACAUGACCGCCAGAAAGCAGAGACCUCUCACAGCCCUGCUCGCAGAGGGCCCGGUCGCCCCAGGAAACGCAAGUCUAUCUCCAGUCCCAGCGCCUCAGACGGCCCUAAGAGACUCAGGGCGGAGAAUUAUGAAUCAGAAGGGGGCGGAGAGAAGCGGAGGAAGACGAUGACUAAUCAUGGCUUCCUCACGAGGAGGAGAGGUCGUCCAAGCCUGAGCUCCCGACUAGCACGGAGGGUGACCCAGCUGAAGCAGAAGGUUGUGGCCCAGAGAGGUACACCGUCAGSGGGCAUGCACUGCCGCAGACGGGACCCUAGAUCUGGAGCCCAUGCAAACUGCAGAGGGAGUGACACAGCAGCCGAUACAUCCAGUAACCAGCAAGACUGGGUGCCCAAUCAGGGGGUGAGGAGAAGGAGAGGUCGACCAAGGGUCAAACUGGGCGGACCUUCGACCAGAGUCCUCCGCAGAGGAGGUGUGGCCUCUGUGAAGCAGGAAAUGAACGAGGGGAAGAGCAACAGCGAGUGCUCAGGCCAGGAGGAGGAAGAGGAGAGGCGCUAUGACAGCGACGAAGGACUCAAUGACGUAAAUACAACGAUACCAUCCUCCAAAGACACGACAACAAACUCUGCUGCGACUGGCCCAGCCGCUAAGCUUCAAGCCAUUCAGAAAGCCAGGAGCAAGGAGGAGAGGCAAGGUGAUGAUGUGAGCAUGCACAGUGUGGCACUGAGGAGGAGAGGAGCCCCCUGCAGGCCGGGCCCUGCUACUGCAGAUGGGAGAUGCCCAGAGCUCCAGGAGCCACAAGGGGCUAGGAGAGAACCUGUACCUAGCUGGAGKGUCUCGUUAGUGGGCAACAGCCUCCAGGACAGCAGGGGGGUCCAGGGACCAGUGGCGGAGGCCAAGAGGAAGAUCUCGGGACAACAAAGCUUUCUGGGAAAGAGGAGAGGCUGCUGGCUGGAGACUGAAACCCAGAGAGAGGACACCACCAGGGGCAGGAGGAGCAGGAAGAAGCAGGUGGGGAUGGAGGCUAAGGGGCGUGCAGUGAGCCGGCUUCUGGAGAGCUUUGCAGCUGAUGAAGGAUUCCGAUUGGACGAGGAGAGCAGCUUCUCUGAGGGGGAGGAGGAAGACAUGGAGCAUACACCUCACACACACAGAGAACCAACAGUGCUUAACUGUGUGCUGAGCAGGGAGAUGCUGGUGGAUGGUCUGAAGGUGUUGAUAUCUAAGGAGGAUGAGCUGCUGUAUGCUGCCCGACUACACACUCUGGACCUGCCUGACAUAUUCCGUGUAGUGAUCGAGGGGGAGAGAGGGAACAGGCCUAGAAUCUACUCUCUAGAACAGAUAUUACAAGAAGCGGUGUUGGACGUGCGGCCACAGACAGAGGCCAUCCUGACUGCUGGGACACGUGUGUGUGCCUACUGGAGCGAACGCUCCCGUUGUCUCUACCCUGGAAACGUCCACAGAGGGGUUCCGGGCGAGGAGGAGAAGGGCAGUGUGAUGGUGGAGUUUGAUGAUGGAGACAGAGGAAGGAUUUCCCUGCCCAACAUACGCCUGCUGCCCAAUGGGUACCAGAUACACUGUGCGGAGCCUUCUCCAGCCCUGCUCUCAACUGGACGUUGUGGUCGCAGAAGCUCCACCCAGGACAGUAGAGACAAGCCCACAGAGAGACCAAACAAUGAAGAGGCAGAAGGAAGGAGCCAGGAGAGGAGACCAGUUGGACGACCAAAGAAGGUCAAGCCAGAGGCCAAUAGUUCAGCCACGACAUCGUCAGAGAGAGUAACCGGGGGCAACACUUCCUCGAUAAGCUGGCCAGCGAAGAGACUUCCAGCGGACUUCUUCCUGUUUAACGGGACGUCCCGUAAAACCCACCGAGUGGGUCGCCAGCGAGACCUGGGGGUGUUCCACCGCCCAGCCACACACCCCCUCACCCCUCCCACACCCCUCAAGGGCAUCUUUAGUUCCCCCUUUGAGGUUGACUCUUUCAGUAGCAUCGCCAACAGUUACGCUGGAGCCUUCAGAAGCGGAACCCACCGGCCUGUUACCUCGGUAACGCCCCUGGUGCUAAGUGACUCUGUCGCCAUGACAACGGCACCCUCCAACAGGAAGUCGAGUGACAGGUACAGAAAACAGUUCCUGGUGAAGCUGGACCACGAGGGCGUGACCUCGCCCAAAACAAAGAAUGGGAAAGCUCUGCUGCGUUUGGGGGGCGGCAGGGGGCACAAGGGUCCAUCUGCAGGGGCGGAGGGGGCACCUCUCAGGUACAUCCACCCUGCCCUGGUGGUGAAGGAGGGGGCACCUCUCAGGUACAUCCACCCUGCCCUGGUGGUGAAAGACAGAAAUAAAGGAGAAAGAAGAGGAGAGAGUGGAAUGUCCAAGUCUGAGCUGCUCCUGAAGGGGGCACCAGCCCUCAGAAAGGGGCUCCCCUCGUCUGGUUUAGCGGGUCUGGGGGGAGAGUUUGGUACUCUGGACUGCCCCAGUGACUGCCCUAGCUCUUACUCUGAGCUGGAUGAAGAUGAUGAUGAUGAUGAUGAUGAUGAUGGAGAUGAAGACGUAGCUCGGAGGAGAGCAGCAGCAGCGGGCGCAGGACGUUUCCUCUCACGUCUCUCUGUUUGCUCCUCGUCCUCUUCCUCUUCCUCCUCUUCUGGCUCCCUCUCUUCUUCCUCCCUCUGUUCUUCCGACUCCUCCUACUCCUCUGACGAAGAAGAAUCUUCAUCCCUCCUUCUCCGCCGAGCGCUGCUCCAGCAGCAGAAACACAAACACAAACAGAGCUUGACGUCUAACACCUUAACCCCUGACCCCACCACAAAGCCCAACCCAAGCCCCGCCUCGGCAACACCACACUCCUACGUUGCAAAGGCAGCCAUGUCCGUCACCGGGGAGUCAAAGGUGAGAGGAAGUGAUAGAGGAGAGGACAGGAAGGAGUACACAUCAAAGGGGAGGACCAAUAGUAGCAGCAGCGCAUCCAAAAGCCAAACCAAGAGGAGAGGUGGACCCGCCUCCAACACACACACUCCGACCCCCAACACACACAACCCGGCCUGCCAGCCCAAACCUCCCAAGGACCACCCAGCAGAAAAGAGGCAGAGGAUGUUGUCACCGAUCCCCCAUCCUAAUAUGUCCGCCCUCCUGCCGGGUCGCCAGCUGUGGAAGUGGUCUGGAAAUCCCACACAGAGGCGUGGUCUGAAGGGUAAGGCCCGUAAGUUGUUCUACAAGGCGAUUGUGCGUGGUGGUGAGACGGUGCAUGUGGGGGACUGUGCUGUGUUCCUGUCCCCYGGUCGGCCCCAGCUGCCCUACGUGGGGCGGGUGGAGAGCCUCUGGGAGUCCUGGUCCUCCAGCAUGGUGGUCAGGGUCAAGUGGUUCUACCAUCCCGAGGAGACGAGCCUGGGGAAGAGGCACCAUGACGGAAAGCAUGCUUUGUACCAGUCGAGCCAUGAGGAUGAGAACGAUGUCCAGACCAUCUCCCACCGCUGCCAGGUGCUCAGUCGCACCGAUUACGAGCACCUGAUUUGCCGACGAAAGCCAGGGGGUGGGGCCCAGGAUCUGUUUUACCUGGCAGGGACCUACGAGCCAACCACAGGCCAGCUGGUUAGCGCCGAGGGCGUGGCCAUCGUCCCCUAGCAACAACUAUGGAGUGUAAACAAAACAAAGCCUUAAAGAUGGCAGCCUCAUCUCUCCUGGAUGAAUCCAGCUACUGGUGCUGGUGUCAGUGAAGCAUGGUUCUGUCCAAAUCUAGAAGAGUUUGGAAACGAGGACCUUCCUUGGUUCUACUUCCUGCUGGUUCUGGAUCUUGGUUCUGGGUCCUAACUGGGUGUGGACGAUCCCAAACGCAAAAGGGAUAACAGCACUUUGGACCGCAGCACUGAAGUCAUCUGAUCUAAUGUGAUCUGAAGAGGGACUACAGUACUCUACUGACCUUCUGAAACAGACAGACAGUGUCCUCGCUACGUCUUGUCUCCAAGAGUUGUUUUACUGUCUGUCAUAGAGUCAAAAACUGUCAUAGACUGACUCUCAGGCAGUUUGUCAGACUGUCAUAGACUGACUCUCAGGCAGUUUGUCAGACUGUCAUAGACUGACUCUCAG